ACAGCUCAACAGAACAUCCAAGCGAGGCAGGCAGACUGGAAGACCCUCUCAGAGAGAGAGAGAGAGAGAGGAGACCUUGCAGAGGAGCGAAGCGAGGUGGGAAAGAGGCAGCAGCAAGGGCGGCGGGCUGCCGAAGGGGAACAUGCUCCCUCCUCAUCUCACAGUAUGAACUGAUAAACAAGAAUUGAGAAUUUCCAUGAGAUGAGACAAAAUGGCACAAUAAUGAUCCAAUUUGGUCAUCAAAUGCCUGAUUACAACUCCCCAGCUACCCAAUCAACUAGCGAGAGUCAUCAAGAAGUGUCUGGAAUGAGCGAAGGAAGCCUUAACGAUCAUAAUGAUCAAUCAGGUAAUCAUGAUGGUUACUCGAAGAGUGAUGAAAAUAAGAUGAUGUCAGCUUUAUCUCUUGGCAAUCCAGAAACAGCUUAUGCACAUCCAAAAACUGACCGUAGUCAGUCCUUUGCUAUAUCAUACCCGUAUGCUGAUUCAUACUAUGGUGGUGCAGUGGCAGCUUAUGGGCAGCAUGCUAUUCAGAUGCACCCCCAGCUUGUGAGCAUGGUGUCAUCCUCUCGAGUGCCGUUACCAAUCGAACCAGCUGCUGAAGAGCCCAUUUAUGUGAACGCUAAGCAAUACCAUGCAAUUCUCCGACGCAGACAGCUCCGUGCAAAGUUAGAGGCUGAAAACAAGCUGGUGAAAAGUCGCAAGCCAUACCUUCACGAGUCUCGGCACCUGCAUGCCAUGAAGAGAGCUCGGGGGACAGGCGGGCGGUUCCUCAACACGAAGCAGCAAUCAGACUCCCCUGGCGGCACCUCGGACGCGCAGCGCAUGCCCGCGAACGGCGGCCUGUUCACGAAGCACGAGCACAGCCUCCCGCCCGGCGACCGCCAUUACCACGCGAGAGGGGGCGUUUAAGGAACCCCCCACUGGCAACUCAUCCUUGGCUUCUCCCGAUUUCGACUCGGCUCUUGUCUGAACUGGACUUGGGGUUUCAGUAACUGUAAGCCUGUAACUAGGUGCGACCGAAUUCGCGGUCGUUCUGUUCUGGGACCUGGCCUUGCCAAUGCCGGUUCUUUGGUUCCAAUGCCGGUUCUUUGGUGAAGCCGGCCCUUUGUGUGACGAGGGUGGAAUUGGCCCCUGUUUCCUGUAACUUGUUCUAGACGAUGACUGCUCUAAUAAGUAAAAACUAGCAUUUCGUUUGAAUCGUGAA